AUGGAGACUCCGCGCACCACUGCAAAGCAGCAGGUCGUGGACCGCAUCCCCGCGCGCAUCAAGCAUAUUCAAUUUGGCAUCUACUCCAACCAAGAUAUUGUGAACCAGGCCGUCCUGGAAGUAUCCGAUCGCAAUGUCUACGACUUACAGCCCGGCGCGAAUAAUACCCGCACUCUCACGUCCAACGGGCCCAUGGACAUUCACAUGGGCAUAUCGAGCAAGCAAGGAAAUUGCGGUACCUGUGGAGAAGGUCUUGACAAGUGCAACGGCCACUUUGGUCACAUCAAGCUUGCGCUGCCCGCAUUUCACGUUGGCUAUCUGAAGCACAUUAUCGAGGUGCUGAACUGCAUCUGCAAGGACUGCUCACGCGUGCUGCUGGACGAGGUGGAGCGGCGGAGAUAUCUGCGAAGUAUGCGCCGACCGGACAUGGACACGCUGCGCAAGGGUGCCGUCACCAAGAAGAUCAUCGAGGACUGUCGCAAGAAAAAGACAUGCCCGUACUGCAACGCCCUCCAAGGCACCGUCCGCAAAGUGCCUGGUCACCCUCUCAAGAUCAUCCACAACCGAUACGACGCCUUCAACCGAUCGACCGCAAAGACCAAGAAGCCUCCGCCGGGCAAGCUCGAGUUCGACCAGUCCUUCGAUACCGCCAAAUCCGCCAAUCCGGAUGUGGACAAGCACGUGAAAAAGGCCGUCGACGACAUGCAUCCGCUGAGGGCGCUCAAUCUCUUCAAGAAAAUAUCGCCCGAGGACUGCGAACUGCUCGCCAUGGUACCAGAGGACGCGCGACCGGAGAUGCUGAUCUGGGAAUACAUGCCCGUACCGCCUGUGGCUCUGCGGCCGUCAGUCAUGCAAGAAGGAGGUGCGACAGAAGACGACGUGACCAACAAGAUUGGAGACAUCUGCCACAUCAGCAGCAUCAUACGCGCCGGACUCGCCCGCGGCUUUCCUCUCCAGAUUCUGAUGGAGCAGUGGGACUUUCUGCAGUUGCAGAUUGCCAUGUACAUCAACAGUGAUGCCCCAGGUCUCAAACAGCAAGGACUACAAAAGACCAUGCGUGGAUUUUCACAGCGUCUCAAGGGAAAGGGCGGUCGGUUUCGACAGAACCUUUCCGGAAAGCGUGUUGACUUCUCUGGCCGUACUGUCAUCGGUCCAGAUCCAAAUCUGAGUAUCGACGAGGUCGCGGUACCGCAACGGAUAGCCAAGAACCUUACGUAUCCUGAAAAGGUCACACGGUACAACAUAGAGAAGCUGAGGAGGCUUGUGAGGAACGGUGCACAAAAGUACCCUGGUGCCAACUACAUUCUCACCGGCCAAGGUCCGAACAAGGACCCGAUCAAGAUAUCACUCAUCGCUCUUUCGCGUAACAAAGGCGAACGGCUCGAUUUCACUGCGAAGCGACUCAAGAUUGGUGACAUUGUCGAACGCCACAUUGAGGAUGGCGACAUUGUCCUCUUCAAUCGACAGCCGUCCCUGCACAAACUGAGUAUUCUAAGUCAUCGAGCAAAGAUACGCCCAUGGCGGACAUUCCGACUGAACGAGUGUGUCUGUAAUCCAUACAACGCUGAUUUCGAUGGCGAUGAGAUGAACCUGCACGUUCCACAAACCGAAGAGGCGCGAACCGAAGCUACCGAACUCAUGGGUGUGAAAUACAACCUCGCUACACCCAAGAACGGGACACCCAUCAUUGCCGCCAUUCAAGAUUUCAUCACUGCCGCCUAUCUACUCAGCAACAAGAACAAUUUCUUCGACCGAAAGACCUUCUGUCAAAUCGUAAACUACAUGUUCAACGGAGAGGGCGCGUUUGACCCAGAUACAGGCAAGAAGCACCCCAUUGACAUACCGCCUCCUGUAAUAUGGAAGCCCCAGGCACUAUGGACUGGAAAGCAGGUCUUCAACCUCCUGAUGAGGCCGAACAAGGGGUGUAGGGUAUUGAUCAACCUCGAGGCUGCGUGCAAGCAAUUCAAAGGUACCCCUGGGCAGGCUCCUGAUCUCAAUGAAAACGAUGCCUAUCUAGUCAUCCGCAACUCCGAAGUCAUGUGUGGCGUGAUGGACAAAGCUACAGUCGGUGACGGCAAAAAGGAUUCCGUCUUCUACGUUAUGAUGCGAGAUUUCGGUCCCGAUCACGCUGUCCAGGGAAUGAACAGGCUGUCCAAACUGUCCGCGCGAUGGCUCACCAACAAUGGCUUCUCCCUUGGCAUCAGCGAUGUCACACCCGGAGACAAGCUGAACAUGAAGAAGCAAUUGCUCGUGCAAGAAGCGUACGCCCAGUGCGAUAAGCUGAUUAGUGAUUUCAGUAACGGCAAAUUACAACCAGAUGCCGGUUGCGACGCAGAACAGACAAUGGAGAACAGAAUCGGUGGUAUCUUGUCUGGUGUUCGUCAAGCGGCUGGUGAAAUCUGUUUUGAGGAGCUCAGCAGAUGGAACUCUCCCUUGCUCAUGGCCAAGUGUGGUUCAAAGGGUUCGAACAUCAAUGUCUCCCAGAUGGUUGCUUCCGUCGGCCAACAAAUGAUUGGCGGUGCCCGUGUCGCAGAUGGAUUCCAACACCGGACCCUGCCUCACUUUCCCAAGGCCGCCCGCCAGCCUGCAUCCAAAGGAUUCGUCAGUAAUAGUUUCUUUUCUGGUCUGACACCAUCCGAGUUCAUUUUCCACGCCAUGAGUGGUCGUGAAGGUUUGGUCGAUACAGCUGUCAAGACCGCCGAGACUGGCUACAUGAGUAGAAGGUUGAUGAAAUCGCUGGAAGAUCUCUCCGCGCACUACGACGACACCGUUCGAAACUCAUCCGGUACUGUGGUGCAGUUCCAGUACGGAGACGAUAAUCUUGACCCCGUGGACAUGGAGGGCAAAGCAAAGCCUGUGCACUUUGACAGGACAUUUUCGCAUGCCGUCACAUCGACCUGGGACAAUGCCGAGUCCAGUCUGACACCGCAAGAGGUACGCGACAUCACUGAGUCCAAGUUGAACACCGAGCGAAACAAGUAUACGCGUUAUAAGCUGGACGGUGUGACACAGCUAGACUAUCGUGACCCGAGCGACGAUGGCAUUGACCAGCAUGAGUCCCUGCGUGAUUUCCUCGAUACAGUGCAAGACUACAUUUUCAAAAAAGCCAAGAAGCUCGAGGAUACGCUUACCUGGCUCGGAGUGGUCCAGACCAGUGUUGAAGACGGCAAGCAGUCACCAGCGGAUGCGGAAAAGUACAGCCUUGCCGACGGUAUCGCAAAGAUCUCGCGUAGUGCGCUUGAUACUUUCAUUGCGCUCUGCUGGUCCAAGUACCACCGUUCUCGUGUACAACCCGGCCAUGCCGUCGGAGCUAUCGGUGCCCAAUCUAUCGGCGAGCCUGGAACGCAAAUGACACUUAAAACUUUCCAUUUUGCUGGUGUCGCUGGUAUGUCCAUUACCCAGGGUGUGCCUCGUAUCAAGGAAAUCAUCAACGCCUCCUCCACCAUCUCCACGCCUGUUAUCGAUUGCGAGCUUGAGAACAAGGUCUCUGAGCGGGUCGCACGAGAGGUCAAAGCGCGUAUCGAGAAGACAUAUCUCCGUGACGUGAUUAGAUACGUCGAAGAUGUAUGGUACCCUGAAGGCGCAUACGUCGCCAUGCGCAUUGACUGGGAUACCAUCCAAAAGCUCUUUAUUGACGUAAAGCCUCACGAAAUCAAGGCAGCAAUCAGCGCACACAAGCCGCUCAAAUGGGGCAAAGCCGGUGCUGCAGUUCACGUCGGCCAGAAAUACAUCCGCGUCGAAGUACCCGACCCUGACGCCACCAAAAAGCGCCCUGCAAAGACGUCACGCAACCAUAAGAGUUUUUUCGAGCGCGUCCAGCAAGUCAAAGCCCUCAUUCCCGACGUCGUCAUCAAAGGCUACCCCGACUGCACCCGCGCUGUUAUCAAGAAGGAAACCUCGCCCAACGCACAAGGCCAAUACGAAUGCAAGCUCCUCGUAGAAGGCUAUGGCCUCCGUAACUGUAUGACGACGCCGGGCAUAGUGCCCUACAAGACCGUCUCCAACAACAUCAUGGAAGUCAAAACCGUCCUCGGCAUUGAAGCCGCCCGCGCUACCAUUGUGCGUGAAAUCGGAUCAGUCAUGGGUAACAUGGACAUUGAUCCGCGUCACAUGCAGCUUCUUGCCGACGUCAUGACGUUCAAGGGUGAAGUUUUUGGUAUCACGCGCUUUGGACUGCAGAAGACAAGGGACUCGGUGCUGCAAUUGGCCAGUUUCGAGAAGACGCCUGACCAUCUGUUUGAGGCUGCUGCGAGGGGAAAGACAGAUACCAUCGAUGGUGUCAGUGAAUGCAUCAUUAUGGGACAGAGUGUUAAGCUUGGUACAGGUAGUAUGCAGGUUGUGAGGCCUCUGUAUCUUGUCGAGGAGGAUUUCAAACCUAAGAAGUCAUUGUUUGAGGAGGGAUGGGAUGCGCUAUAGAGGAACGUUUGGUUCACUGCUUUUUGAUGGAACUGGAGUCGGAUACAUGCAUUAUCUGGGCGUAAUUCUUUUAUAGUUCAUGCACUAGCUAUUGCUGCAUAGCGAGGAGUUUGACGGCUUUUCUAUAGCGACGUCCUCGUCAGGGAACGGAAAAUAAGAGUGUUUACAUCUG